AUGUUAUACAAAGCAGAACGCAUACCACAAGAUGAGAGCGACGAUGCCUGUGAGCCGCAGUACAGUAUGGAUGAAGAGGGGAAACCGUGGACUACAGAAACGACAACCCAACGAAUCAAACCGGGCUUUCGACAACUCGGAAUCCUAUUAUUUCUCCUCAUAGCAUCCCUUAUCAGCAAUAUUCUCCUCUACACCCAUAAUCGGCGACUGAAACUCGCAGUAGAUCACAAAGGCUUCACCGGAAUCUACGCUCGUGGGGAAACAUGGAAACAAUUCCAUACCUACACGGAAUACAGCAACGUGAACCAGACAAUCUCCAAUGCAGCUUGGGAGACGUUCACUACCAAUGGCUUCGUGGCUAUUCCGCACCAGGAGGCAGCCGACUUCGGCCUACCUCUCGCCGAGGACUUUCCGGAUGACCCGACCAAGGGUGUCUAUGUCUUGGAGGGAUUCCAUGAGAUUCAUUGCGUGGUCGGUACCUCCCCAUUUGUACUAGAGCGGUUCUGA